CCUGAAGAAGUCAAGAUGAUGUCUUUUCAAAAUCACAAGGGUCCCACUGACGGGAAAACAGUGAGUUCCUGUGCCAAGAUCCCUGUGGAUGUGUUUUAUGAACCAAAGAAUAUACGCAAGGCCAUCCAGGAUAUUUCUGCAUACUUUUCAGAUGAAGAGUGGGGAAAGCUGACCAAAUGGCAGAAAAGUGCCUACGUGUAUAUGAAAAGAAACUACGACCGAAUGAUGGGCCUAGGGGUCACAGUGAACCAACCAGUUUUCAUGCGCUGCAAGGAGCAGGCCAAGCGACCCCUGGUCGAAUGUGUUGAAAUUCCUGAUAGUGAAGAUGAAUCCUCUGACAGAGCUUGUGGCGUGACACAGAGAAAACGGAUAAAGCUGGUGUCAGUGACAAUUUGUAUUCAUGACAUCAGAGAAGAACUUGCCUCUGGAAAGCAUGGUUUCUACUUAACAGAAUCGGGUACCGUUUACAUAAAUCCCUGGAAAUACAGGCUUCGAGAGAGGAAGAAGAGAGUGAGAUAUGCAGAGAUUAGUGAUCCUGAAGAAGAUGAUGACGAUUAUUGA